CUAGAGUCUGCCGGCUAUAAAAGGAACGAAGGAUUUGCGGAGUUCCUGUUCUCACCAUCAACACUCGCAAAAGCAUCGGCUAGCAAACACAUCAAACACACACUGCGUCCGGUAUACUCUUCAAAAGCCGCCUUUCAAUACCCUCAACCAGCGCUGAAUUGAACGAUAUGACCAACGACACAACCAUCAAGCACAUCCUUUUCUUCGGCGCAUCCCGCGGCUGCGGCCUGGAAGCGGCCGUUUUCCUCCUCCAGGAUCCCGUCAACUACCUCACUCUAUUCCUACGCAACCCGGAAGGGCUCGACGAACGCCUCAAGGGCAACGACCGAGUCAAGACCGUAUCCGGCGACUGCUUCGACAUCGAGAGUGUACGAACGGCGUUCCAAAGCAUUGGCGCUCCCGUCGACACCGUCAUCUUCAGCAUCGGCAGUCGUAAUUUGGACUUCAAGCAGAACCCUUUCAGACCUCCGAUCGUCCCCGCCAAAAUCACCGAGCGAUGCAUCAGCAACAUCAUCCCACUGCUUCGUGAGCAAUCCGAACAGACCGGCGUUCACGCCCGCCUGGUGGCUGUCUCAUCGAGUGGGUUGGGGCCGAUUGGACACCGGGAACUACCACUGGUGAUGAGGCCUAUGUACUCGUGGAUGCUGCACCACCCGCAUGCUGACAAGAUCAAGUUGGAAGGCACCGUUUUCCACGCGGCUGGUCUCCCUCACAUUGACCCCGAAGUCGAAAAGGACUUGCAGCAGGAUGGGCUCACACACAUUGCGUCCGCAGACGAGUGGAGGUUGCGGGAAUUCAUUCUGGUGCGCCCAGCCUUUCUCACGAACGGCGACCUGACUGAGAAAUACAGAGUGGACGAGCACCUAGUCUCGUAUACCGUCAGUCGUCUCGACAUUGGCCAUUUCAUUGCAACCCAGUGCGUAGGCGCCGAGAAGACCAAAUGGGUCAACAAAGCGGUUACCAUCGGGAACUAGAUAUCGAUAUAACGAAGCGAUGAUAAUCUUCCCAUCCCACUUUGUAUAUGAAUCUCUCUUUCCUUUGGCAUUCUGUCUCUUUAGCGAC